AUGGAGGCCCUGCUGAAUAGUCAAUGUGCCGCGCAGAGCGUCGGCCCCGCGAACCAACUGUUUGCGCUGCUCGUGCAGACCAUUGUCGCGGCCCAGUGUACGAUUUCGCCCCCGGACAUGUGGCCCAAGGACUACGGACCGACGGCCAUGGCGCGCGGGCUCGAGGAGUAUGAUUUCGUGAUCGUCGGUGCGGGCUCGGCCGGGUCCGUGGUGGCCAACCGGCUGUCGGAGAAUCCGGAGUGGAAGGUCCUGCUGCUCGAGGCCGGUGGCGAUCCACCGAUCGAGUCCGAGAUCGCGUCACUGAUGGGCACGCUGCAGCACAGUGCCGUCGACUGGGCCUAUCACGCGCAGCGUUCGGUGAAGGCAAGUCUUGGCACGAAACGGGGCACGUUCUGGCCACGCGGCCGUACCCUGGGAGGCUCGGGUGCCAUCAAUGCGAUGGCGUACCUUCGGGGCAACCGCCGAGACUACGAUCGCUGGCAGGCGCUCGGCAACGAUGGCUGGGGUUGGAGCGAUGUGUUGGAGCAGUUUAAAAAGUCUGAAAAUAUGAACGUUCCCGAGCUGCUGCGUGGAGGGCCGGGGGCCGAUGAGUAUCACCGAACCGGUGGCUACCUGAACGUCGAGCAGCUGGACGACGCUGAUCCGGUGUUUAAGAUCCUGGCCGCGGCUGCCGGCGAGCUGGGCUACGAAUGGCUUCCGGAUUUCAACCGCGACCGGCACAUCGGCUACGGCCGAAGCCAGUACACGGUGAUCGGCGGGACCCGGUGUAGUCCGGCCAAAGCAUUCCUCAGCCCAAUCCGAGAGCGGGCCAAUCUGCACGUGAUCAAGCACACGAUGGCACUGAAGCUUGAACUCAACGGCCAGAACGUGGCGACCGGAGUCCGGUUUCAAAUCGAAGGCUACCAACCGAUGAGCAUUCGGGCCCGGAAGGAAGUGAUCGUUGCGGCGGGCUCAAUCAACACACCCCAGUUGCUGAUGCUGUCGGGGAUUGGACGGAAGCCGGAGUUGCAGCGAUUCGGGAUCACGCCACGGGUCGAGCUGAAUGUGGGAGGCAACCUGCAGGAUCAUGUGGCCAUUCCUUUGUUCUAUCAAUUCCACGCGCUGCCGGGCGAACCGGCGGACGAGCCACUGGCGCUGGUGGACAGUCUGUACGAGUUCACGGUGAGGAAUCGUAGCGCUGGGGUCCGCUUCUACCGGGACAUCGGUUUGAUGGCGUUCUACAACACGCUAAACGCCAGUGACCCGUGGCCGGAUGUGCAGAUCAUGAACAUCGUCAUCCCGCCGGGAGACGCCUACGGGAAGCUGGUGGUGGCGAACUUUGAGUACACCAAGCCGAUCGCCGAUUCGAUCCGGCAGGCGAUCGAGCAGACGACGGUCCUCCACUCGCACAUCAUUGUGCUGAAUCCGAAAUCUCGUGGCCACAUCCGUUUGGCGGGUGCCGACCCCUUCGCGCAGCCGGUGAUUGAAGCGAACUACCUCGACCACGUGGACGAUCUGCGAACGCUGGUGCGGGGGAUUCGGAAGCAGCAGGAACUGCUCAAGACGGCUGCCUUCAGGGCGGCCGAGGUUGAACUGGUUGCGGUCAACAUUCCGGGAUGCGAUCACUUGCCGUACGACAGUGACGGGUACUGGGAGUGUUACGUGCGGUAUAUGACCUUCACCACGUACCAUCCGGUCGGGACGGCUAAAAUGGGUCCGGAUGGUGACGUGGACGCGGUGGUCGAUUCGCGGCUCCGGGUCAGGGGUGUCGGAAGGCUGAGAGUGAUCGAUGCCAGCAUCAUGCCACUGCUGGUCAGUGGCAACACGAACGCACCGACCAUGAUGAUCGCCGAAAUGGGGUCCGACUUCAUCAAGCAGGAGUACGCCUAG